UGGCGUCUCCCUCUCUCCGCUCGCUCCUCCUCUUCCUCCUCCGCCGCCGCCAUGAACGGCCAACUUAACGGCUUCCACGAGGUGUUCAUCGAGGAGGGCACCUUCCUCUUCACUUCCGAGUCCGUGGGCGAGGGGCACCCAGAUAAAAUCUGCGACCAGAUCAGUGACGCUGUCCUGGAUGCCCACCUCAAGCAGGACCCCGACGCCAAGGUGGCCUGUGAAACGGUGGCAAAGACGGGGAUGAUCCUGCUGGCGGGGGAGAUCACCUCCCGGGCUGCCGUCGACUACCAGAAGGUGGUCCGGGACACCAUCAAGCACAUCGGUUAUGACGAUUCCUCCAAAGGCUUUGACUACAAGACAUGCAACGUGUUGGUAGCCCUGGAGCAGCAGUCGCCCGACAUCGCCCAGGGUGUCCACCUGGACCGCAGCGAGGAGGACAUCGGCGCCGGGGACCAGGGCCUGAUGUUUGGCUACGCCACGGAUGAGACGGAGGAGUGCAUGCCCCUCACCAUUGUCCUGGCCCACAAGUUGAACGCCAAACUGGCAGAGCUGCGGCGUAACGGCACCCUGCCCUGGCUGCGCCCUGACUCCAAGACGCAGGUAACGGUGCAGUACAUGCAGGACCGCGGCGCUGUCAUCCCCAUCCGGGUGCACACCAUCGUCAUCUCAGUGCAGCACGACGAGGAGGUGUGCCUGGAUGAGAUGCGGGACGCGCUGAAGGAGAAGGUGAUCAAGGCGGUGGUGCCAGCCAAGUACCUGGACGAGGAUACCAUCUACCACCUCCAGCCCAGCGGCCGCUUCGUCAUCGGUGGCCCCCAGGGUGACGCCGGUCUGACUGGCCGCAAGAUCAUCGUGGACACCUAUGGGGGCUGGGGGGCCCAUGGCGGCGGCGCCUUUUCGGGGAAGGAUUACACCAAAGUGGAUCGCUCGGCUGCCUACGCCGCGCGCUGGGUGGCCAAGUCCCUGAUCAAGGCCGGGCUGUGCCGCAGGGUGCUGGUGCAGGUCUCCUAUGCCAUCGGGGUGUCCCACCCCUUGUCCAUCUCCAUCUUCCACUACGGCACCUCGCAGAAGAGCGAGCGGGAGCUGCUGGAGAUCGUCAAGAAGAAUUUUGACCUCCGCCCCGGGGUGAUCGUCAGGGAUCUGGAUCUGAAGAAGCCCCUCUAUCAGAGGACCGCAGCCUAUGGCCACUUUGGUAGGGACAGUUUCCCUUGGGAAGUUCCCAAAAAACUAAAAAACUGAAAAAAAAAAAAAAAAAAAAA